CACCCCCUUUUCCCUUCUCCCCCCUUUUCACCAACCCACCACCACCACACACCAUGUCCACCUCAUCCCCCCCCCAACCCACUCUCCUCACCCACCUAUCCUUCCUCAAAGAAUCCAUCCUCGGCCUCCUAAGUCCCUGGGGCUUCCUCUCCCUCUCGGCCUCCUUCCUCCCCCGCACAAUCCUCUCCCUGAUCCAACAGCAACGCUACUCCGUCCUCUUCUCCCCAGCCCGUUUACAGGAGGCCUGGUUCACUGAAUUCUGGACCGGCCUCGCCGGGCCCAAUAUCCGCCUCAACGCAGGCGAGCGCGUGGUCCCUCUGCUCCGCGGGUAUGCCUCGCGCGGACAGGUGACGGAGACCCAGGUCGGGCCCGCGAUCGCGGGGACCGUGAUUGAGGUCGGCGCCGGCGCGGGGCUGUGGGUUGAUGUGUACCGGCAAGUCGCAGACGUGCGGGCCCCAGACGCAGACGAGGGCGUUGAAGGGGUGACGAAACGCAAGAAUGUAAAUAAUGGUAACGGUGAGGGCAAAGGCGUAAUCACGCGCAUCUACGGCGUAGAGCCGAACCCGAACCAGCACCCCCACCUACAUCGCGCGAUCGCCGCGGCCAAGCUCGAGGACGUGUACCAGAUCGUGCCCGUGGGGAUCGAGGAUCUGGACAACGGGGCUAUGUGGGACGGACGCGUGGAGAAGGGGAGCGUGGAUUGCAUUGUUUCGAUCCUGUGUCUGUGCAGCAUCCCGGAGCCGGAGAAGAAUAUCCGCGAGCUGUACUCGUAUUUGAAGAAGGGUGGGCGGUGGUAUGUUUUCGAGCAUGUCCGCUGCGAGCAUGGCUUGUUUAUGCAGUUUUACCAACGUUUACUCAAUGUGUUCUGGCCGCACUUCAUUGGCGGGUGUCUCCUGUGCCGACCGACGGAGAAGACGAUUCGGGAAGCAGGUCCCUGGGACAGCAUUGACGUCGGGCAGCCUGCGACAGAGCCAUGGUACCAAGUCGUUCCCCACGUGUUGGGCGUGUUUACAAAAUAGAAUACCAUAGCUGCAAGAAUACCAAAUGGCGCAAUGGAGCAAUUUACUUGGGCGUCAGAGCAUUUCUUAGUUUACUACUCUACGAUGGAACGGUUUCAUAUACACAUAUCUACCUGUUAGUAGCAUUUGAUGCACUUUUUUCGGAUAGGUUCAAUUUUAUAUCAAAA